GGUGUACACUUCAUUUCAUUCCUGCCACUUUAAUCUGCAGGUUUGUUUUAUGUUCUCUGUGGAUUAAUAAAUCAUCUGAUGGUUUUGUUUUACCAACAGCUGGCCUGAAGUGAAAGAACGCUGGUUCGAUACUCUUCAGAGAAAAAUUAAAGGUGCAAAAGCGAGGGCUGGUUGUGCUUCUUCACCGCCAGACGUCCUCAUGAAGGUGUUGAGUGGCAGCAUCGCAACUAAAACUCUAACUGGAGGUGGCAUGGAACAAUUGAUUGAGUUUCCAUUUGAUGGUGAUGCAAAGAUCUCUGCUCUGUCAAAGCAGUGUAAUAAUCAAGAGGACAGGCUGACACAGCCCAUUGAAACCAAGUGGAGCCUGGUGAGGAGGCUCAGAAAGGGCUCUAGUUUCCGCAUUAAACCAUGCAGAACAGAAGCAGACACCAAGACUCAGCUGUUUGGACAGCCCCUCUUCAAGAUAUGUCCAGAUGACUGUUCACUUCCCAAACCUAUCACAGACCUGCUGGUGUUGCUUAGGAGGAGAGGUCCAUCCACAGAAGGGGUGUUUCGGAAGCCAUGCAACAGCAAGCACAUGAAGGACAUCAGAGAGCAGCUCAACAGCGGUGUGGAGGUGGACCUAGAGGGUCAGCCAGUCGUUCUCCUCGUUGGACUGCUCAAAAGCUUUCUGAAGGAACUGCCUGGCAGCCUGCUGGUGUCUGAACUUUAUGACAAGUGGAUGAUGGCUCUGGACAAUGAAGAUACCCAGCAGAGAGCUGUGGAAAUCAAAAACGUUUUAGAUGAUCUCCCAGGGCCGAACAAACUCCUCCUGCGACAUCUAAUAUGUGUCCUCCAUCACAUCCUUGAGAAUGCGGAUAUCAACAAGAUGGAUGCUUACAAUCUGGCAGUGUGUAUUGGCCCCACACUCCUGCAGCUGGAUGACACCCGACUGGAUGAGCAGAAGGAAAAGAUGAAGAAGGUAACAGAGUUGACUCAGUUCCUGAUUGAGAAUUGUGAGAUUCUUGGAGGGAACAUCCCAAGUUUGCUGGACACUGAUGAAGACUCCUUGUCCUCCCAGCAUCAUGACUCUGCAUAUGACAGCACUGAUCCAGAUGGAGAUGGAGAGGCAGGAGAGAAUAUGAGACCCACACAUGAAAAGUAUGGCUCAUCUUCUUCAUCUUCCUCUCUUAGUCCCAACACUGCCACCUCUUCUUGGCCAUCUGAUGCCGUCUUCAACACAAAACCAGAAUUCAACCGUCGCUGCUCUGAGCCCAUCAUCCUUCUUUCAGCUGAUCUUCAAAGCCUUUUCAGUCAUGCAAGGAGCCAUGAUGACUGCUCCAUGGAGAGGAAGAACUUUGAUGAGCAGCCUCUGAAAAAGCAGAUCUCUGAUGACUCCUUCUUGCUCAGAGAUCGAGGUGGAGCCAAGUCAGUUCUGUCUUUUCCAAGAAUUAGCAGCAGCUCCAAUAUGGAUCCACUGCCCUACAUGGGCAAAAACUGCUCCAGCUCUUCCCUAGAUAGCGCUGCCUCUAACCAAUCAGAGGGCUCUGUUUUCACCAGUUCCCCACUGGGGUCACCACGAUGCCACAGGAGAGCAAAUGCUAUCAACCAGAUACCAGUGGCCACAAAGGCUCAGCAGGACAUUGCCAGACCAAUUUCAGAUGAAAGGAAACGUUCACAGUCUGUGAGAGUAGCCCCUAAAGUCCUAAUGAGGACCAGGAGUUUAGGAGCCUUUAGCAGGAGCAGCCUGAAGAAAAACUCUCAGAAGGAAAACGCCUUCCCUUGUGAAACACUCCAGGAGGACUUACAGAUUGAAGCAGAUCCACCAGCCAACCUUCUUCACAGAUCACAACGCCUCUCUGCAAUUGAAGUGUUUAAGCAAAUGGACAGUCAGCUGCCCUGCAGGCCUCCAUCAUAUGAGCAAGCAGUUCAGAACGUGAGUUUCCCUCCACAGUAUCAGUCAAUGACUGUGCAAGAUGCCGUAAACCUGGAGAGGAGGUCCCGCCCAUCCUCUGUUAACUAUGACUUUCCACCUGCAUUCAUGCGCAAUGAGGACUGUUUUGCACAGGCAGCACAGGAUAAAGCCAAUGUUGUUGAGCGAAGGCAGCCUUUCCGCCAGAGAGCCAUGUCCGAAUCUGUACCUGCAGGCCAUCAUGAGGUCAUGUCACGGAGAUGUAGCCAGCCUGUGUUUGAGGAAUUUAAUUAUGCCAAGGAGUCUUAUGUUUGAUUGACUUUAUAGCAGUUUUACAGAAUGGAUUUUAGUUACACAAACCUUUUUCAAAACCAGAAAACAUUCACAUUUAAAUAUCAGUAGACAAAGCUUAAAGGGCCAGUAGUCAAAAUCUGGUAACAAGAGCAAGCUUUUGUUGUAUGCUUUCAGUCAUUGAGUUUGUAGAUUCAGAAGGCCAGCCAGGUUUGCUUUCUCACAGACAGUGUCUCAUAUGACUUGAUUGCAUGAUUUCUUUUAGCAGCAAGAGUGCUUGGCCUCACCACUCCUUGCCUUUUGAUUGUUCAUAGGUUUUUGACUCUGCUUACUGAGCAGGUCUGUUUUAGAGGAAUGUUUGUAGACUUUCAUAAAGCCCAUCUUUAAUUUUUUUUACUGUUUAACUUUAAAUGACUGUCAGUUAUGUGGCACCUUGAUGGUUUUUCUCAGUAGUGCUAUUAAGAGUACAAGUAUAUAUAUAAUUUAUAUGUAGGUCUCAUGGUAGAUUUUUCGUUUAUCAGUGAAGUUAUGAACACACAGUUUGCUGUGGAUAAAAUUUGCUGAGUUUCAGUGGUUUGUUUGAAAUUUUGUUGACAGAUGAUAUGUACAGUAUAGUAUGUUAAGCACAUUGGGUCUUUUUACUUUGUUCAGUUAUAUUUGUUGUUGUUGUUUUUGCUUCUUGUGUACUCAUUUCACUUUGCAUGGUCUUCUUCCACUACAUUAAAGCACUUUUCUGAACUAUGCCUUUUUGGAUGCUAAAAUGUAAAUUAAACAAUAUAGCAAUAGAUGCAUGCAUGAAGUCUUUGUCAAUCACUCUUUAAUAGAAAUGAAACUGUUUGAGAUAACCAUAUUUGAAAUAAUAAAAAAAAAACUAGAGAGAAAAAAUAAAA